GGGAAUGGGGCAGGAGGGAGGUCCGGGCCGGGGGGAAGGCGAGUCCUCUGGGGGUGACGUUCGUGUGCGCUUGUGUGCGUCCGAUUGCUCUCGCUGCUUCUGUAAGCUUGCAGGUGUGUGCGGUUUGUACCCCUGGAGUCAGUGCUGGAUCCUGCUCCCACGCGCGUCCGGGCACCUGCUGGGUGUGUGUUUGUGCGUGUGUGAGUGCAUUGUGGCUUCGGGCUCUAUUGUGGGCUAUUCUGCAUUUGUGUUUCCAUGCCUGGUUCCUGGAGAGUGAAUUCCUGGAGGAACUGCUGGGCCCGUCAGCUCCCACCUGGCUCACAGCGCGGCUCGCCCCUUCUCUCAGCAGUCCGGGGCCCUGGCAGGGCCAUGGCGCUGCCCCCAGGCCCAGCUGCCCUCCUGCACUCACUGCUGCUCGUGCCGGGCCUCCUGAGCUCAGGUCAGGGGGAGUUGGCACCACAGAUCGAUGGUCAGACCUGGGCGGAGCGGGCACUUCGGGAGAAUGAGCGCCACUCCUUCACCUGCCGGGUGGCAGGGGGCCCUGGCACCCCCCAGCUGGCUUGGUACCUGGAUGGGCAGCUGCAGGAGGCCAGCACGUCAAGGCUGCUGAGCGUGGGUGGGGAGGCCUUCUCCGGAGGGACCAGCACUUUCACUGUCACUGCCCAGCGGGCCCAGCACGAGCUCAACUGCUCCCUGCAGGACCCAGGCAGCGGCCGGCCAGCCAACGCCUCUGUCAUCCUCAACGUGCAGUUUAAGCCAGAGAUCACCCAGGUUGGGGCCAAGUACCCGGAAAAUGAGGGCUCAGGCCUCUUAGUUGUCCUGUUUGCCCUGGUGCGUGCCAACCCACCUGCCAAUGUCACCUGGAUCGACCAGGAUGGGCCGGUGACUGUCAACACCUCCGACUUCCUGGUGCUAGACGCCCAGAACUACCCCUGGCUCACCAACCACACCGUGCAGCUGCAGCUCCGCAGCCUGCCGCACAACCUCUCGGUGGUGGCCAGCAACGAUGUGGGAGUCACCAGUGCCUCGCUCCCGGCGCCCGGGCUCCUGGCCACCCGGGUGGAAGUGCCACUGCUGGGCAUCGUCGUGGCUGGGGGGCUUGCCCUGGGCACCCUAGUGGGGUUCAGCACCUUGGUGGCGUGCCUGGUCUGCAGGAAAGAGAAGACCAAAGGCCCCUCCCGGCGCCCAUCUCUGAUCUCUAGUGACUCCAACAACCUGAAACUCAACAACGUGCGCCUGCCGCGGGAGAACAUGUCCCUCCCGUCCAACCUGCAGCUCAACGACCUCACUCCGGAUUGCAGAGCAGGGAAACCAGCAGACCAGCAGAUGGCUCAGAAUAGCAGCCGGCCAGAGCUUCUGGACCCAGAGCCCGGCGGCCUCCUCACCAGCCGAGGCUUCAUCCGCCUCCCAAUGCUGGGCUACAUCUAUCGAGUGUCCAGCGUGAGCAGCGAUGAGAUCUGGCUCUGAGCUGAGGAUGGGACAAGUGCCCUCCUGGCCCCGCUGCACCCUCCCACUCCUGCUCCAAGGCAUCCCGGGCCUGGCCACGCCACCGCCACUUGGCUGCCUCCUGGCUGCUGUGCCCUCUGAUGCGUUUCACUGGGCCCUGACACACAGGGGCACAGAUGUCCUCUUGCCUGAGCCCUUGUGCUCACUCAGGCUGGGGACUGCACGAGAUGGCUGGGCCCAGGCAGGGGGGGCUCUUCCGUCAGGUGGGUUCCCUCGUCACUCGGCAUCCAGGUGUGGCGUGGCCUGCAAGGCCCCCGUCCCGUUCCUCCUCUGCACCUGUACAGUAGGCAUGGGGCUGCCUGCGUGGGGGGACAGGGAGGGCCCUGCACGUUCUGGACCUUCCUGUGCUAUGUAGCUUUGUUCCCUCAGGGAAAUGUAGGACCCCCCCCCCCAGCUGCCCAGCCCAUCUGCCCUCCACACAGGAGCCGGCCCCUGGCCCCGGGGCCCUGGCCAAGCACAGCCUGGUCCCUUUUGCUGCACACCUCUCUGUCCUCUGUCCCCUUGCCCUGCCUCCUCCCGGGCAUCAAAGAUUAUACACUGGACUUACUCCACGGGGCCCUAGACGACCCCAAAGGCCUGGCCCCUGGCAGUGCCAGUGCCUGGUGUUAGCACAAGUCAGGGUAGAAGGAGGAGGUGACAAGUCCGUGGCACUCAGGACAGCAUGUAGCUAUGCAUCACUUUUACAGUGUUGGCACUUUAAGCACAGCCCCCAGGGAAGGGGGUGAGCGAGGGCCCCAGAGCCCCGAGUUUGACCUCUCUGGCAUUCACUGUGAGCGACUGAGGCUCAGGAUCGAUGGUGGCUUUCUCUCUCUGCAUGUCUUCCCCUUGGUGGGACCCUGGCCCCGGCCACGCCCUGGCUGCCCCACCCUCUGCACUUUAGGGGCUGGUCCCCACAGGCACAGAACGCAGUGGUGCCAGCAGUUCCGGGGGUUGUGGAGAGAGAGGGAGCCCACAAACCCCCCAAAGCAACCUAAGAAUGCUGUAAAAAGCAACGUGGUGACGACAGGAGAGCACCAGGUGCAGUGUGUUUCUCCCCUGUUGAGGUCUUAUUUUAUAAUUUUUCCCAUGUUACUGCCUAGGACAGUGCGAAGCACAAAGUAAAUUCAAUAAACUUGACUGAACGGA